AUGGCGUUCUCCGCCUUCCAGAAGGUGGCCAUGGUGUCGGGCCUCGUGCUGUGCGUCUCCCUGCUGCUGCCCAGGGCCUUCCUGUCCCGCGGGAGGAGGCCGGAGCCGCCGCCCGCGCCCUCGGGAAAGAUGGGUCGAUUUCCACCAAUGAUGCACCACCAAAUGCCUUCAGAUGGCCCAGCUGCUGGCACCCGUUUCCCCAGAUCUCACCUUGCAGAGGCAAUUGCAAAAACCAAAGGAUCUGGUGGCAGUGUGGGAGGUGGUGGUGGAAGAGGCCUAAUGGGCCAGAUUAUUCCCAUCUAUGGUUUCGGAAUUCUUCUCUACAUCUUGUACAUUCUGUUUAAGCUUUCUUCCAAGGGGAAAACUAGUGCAGAGGAACGGAAAGCUGCCACUGCUCUGCAUGGAAAUCCAAAUAGGAAGAUCACCAAUUAUGAGCUUGCUCAGCUGCAAGAGAAACUGAGGGAGACAGAAGAAGCCAUGGAAAAGUUAAUCAAUCGAGUGGGACCAAACUACGAGAGGGCACAGAACGUGACUUCGGACCAGGAAAAACGGCUGUUGCAGCAACUGCGAGAAAUUACCAGGGUCAUGAAGGAGGGAAAACUUCUCGACAGCCCCUCUCCUGAGAAGGAGGCCGAGGAAGCCCCUUACAUGGAGGAUUGGGAAGGCUACCCAGAAGAGACGUACCCAGUUUAUGACCUUUCUGACUGUGUCAAGCAAAGGCCAGAUACAAUCCUAGUGGAUUACCCUGACUCGAACCAAGCUUCUGCUGAAGAGAUAGCAGAAAGAAUGGGGGGGCUAGGGGAAGAGGAGGAUCAUUUGUGCUGUGAGAGUCUACCCGUUGACCUGGGUGAGGUCAGCCAGGACUGCCAAGCCCCAAAAGACAAGACUGUCAGUUUUAGUGACCAGGACAGAGUCCUGCCUCCAAGCCAGGAGUUAGAGUGCACUUGCUGUCAGCACGAAGAGGCCGAUCCUGCCAUCAUAGCAGAGAACAUGGCAUUCCCCUUGGAUGGCAGAGAGCUGGAAGAAACACACCUGUAUUCCAGAGAGGCAGUGCUGGGAAACAGAUUGGAGGGGGCAGAGGAGGCGGGCAUGCUAAGGAAACGAAACCUUCUGGGUUUUGAAUGAAUCAAGGCCGCAAGUCCAGAAGUUAACCCACUCGAUUGGGCCUCAACCUUUCGCCCAGUGGCCUGUGUAGCUCUUCCUCAUCUCCUCCUCUGUGAGGCUGGUCCAGUGUAGCUGAUACCACCUUCCUCCAGGCCACAUUUUUUGAUGACAUGCAGAGCAAUGCAGAGAUAGAUGUGAGGACAAGAGGUGUCAUAGCUACGCUCUUCCUCUUCCGGCUUCUCAGAAUAGUCAGUGCAUUCAGUAAUCCUUACCUAUUAAUAAUUCCCAAUUUGCCUGCCUCUGCAGAGGACAGGAAGCCAGCCUGGAAGUAUAGCCCGUUCCUUCUGUCCAGGAGUAGUAGCCACAAGUGGCCUUCCUUUAGGUGGGCAGACGUUGGCAGGCAGCCACUCAUGAAGAGAUAAGCCCCAGGUUGCCUAGUUAUGUGAGUUUGAGUGUAGUGAGAAGACUGGAAGUUUCCUUCGAAGGAGAGACUGAUUUCAUUUUGUAGUUCAUUAGGAUUUAGCAGGUAACUGAGUUGUGUCAUAGGUUAAAUGUAGAAUGAACCUCUUUCUAAGCGUGGCUGUCGCUGAGCAGAGGAAUUUCUGGGAGCAUACAUGGACUCUUAAGAGUCCAUCCUGGUCCAUCCUAUCUACAGCAUCCCUGACAAGUAGUCAUUCAGCCUUUGCUUGAAUACCUCCAGUGAGGGACAACAUGCUACCUUCUGAAGCUGCCAAUUCCACUUUUUUGGAAAGAGCUCUAGUUGUUUAGAAGUUUUUCCUGACAUCAAGUCUAAAUUUUCCUCCCUGUUUCUCUAUCUAUUGCUCCCAAAUCUGCUCCCAGGAUUUAAUCAGAAUAACUCUAAUCUUUAUUCCAAAUAAGAACCCUCCAAAUCCUUUAAGGCAUCUGCCCUGUCUUCCCUAUGUCUUCUUCAGGCUAACAUCUCUACUUCCCUUCAUCUGCUCCUCCCGUGACAUUAUCUCAGUUGAGGUCCUUCACCAUCCAAAUGGUCACCUUCAGCUUCCUCCCUAAAAUGCAAGGUGCAAAACCAGAUGAGGGCAGGGAACCCAGGAUCAUUACCUCCUUAGUCCUAGAACUACACUUCUCUUAAUGUAGCCUCAGAUAACAUUAACUUUUUAGCCAUCAAACCACCCUAUUGACUCAUGAAUUGCAGUCCACCAAAACCUACAGAUAUUUUUCAGAUGAAUUUCUUCUAGCCACACCACUGACCUUGCAUUUAUAAAACUGAUUUUUUGAACCCAGUCACAAGACUUUACAUUUAUCUAUAUGACAUCUCAUCUUAUUAAAUUGAUUCAGCCCAAUGUUCUAGCCUGUUAGUUUUCGAUUCUGUCUCAUUCAUCCAAAAUGUUAGCUAUCUGUCCUGGAUUUUUGUCAUUUGCAGAUUUUGUAGGCAUAUUGUAUUUAUACCUUCAUCUAAAUCAUUGAUAAAAAUAUUAACUGAUACUCCAGUCAAGACUCCACUUUAAGGUGGCAUCAAACCAAUCAGUAAUAAUUACUUCUGGGGUCUACCCACCCAGCCAACUCCAGCUCCACCUAAUUUGACCCACAUUCUCCAGUCUUUUCUGCAAGAAUAAGAUGAGAGAUUUUGUCAAGUACUUAGCAAAAAUCUAGGUAAAUUGUAUCUGUAUCAUUCCCCUGGUCUGCCAAUUUAGUAGCCCUGUCAAAAAAGGAAAUGAGGUCGGUUUGACAUGAUCUGUUUUCCAUGGAGCAUUCUCAUUACCAUCCCUUUAGUGUUAUGUUCUAGAACUUUACCAGGAAAUCACAUUCAUUGGGCUAGCUAGCUCUAUUCAUUUCCUUUUUUU